CUCUGAUUCUUCCGGCGGCAAGGCACCCGCUGGAGUAGUUUCUCCGUUGUGAAGUUCUUCUGCUUGUGCUGAAGAACGCAAAACAAAGCUCUUUUUAGGGUUCUUGCCUACGACUCUAGCGUAUCAAUGGCUGGGACAAGCAAAGAUGGCAUGUAUGGAAUUCAUGACUACUUCAUGCAAAGCGACGAACGCCAGAAGAAUGGUGCAGGAGAUUCCGUUUCCGAUUCCGGCUGCAAUCUUGAACUGACUCUGGGAGGAAGCUACGGCGACUUUGACGACGAAAUGCCAGUUCUGACUCUAUCAUCUUCUGUAUUCGAAAGCGACACUAUGGAGGAAGAUUCCGGAGAACCCAAUGUUCCCCCUCCUGCGGAGUUUGCGGUGGAGGGCUCAUUUCUCUCGCUUGGGAUGUCAUUACCACCACCGGUCCUGGAGAUGAAGACGAUGAAAGAACUACAGACAAUGAGGAGACAGGAGGUGAAGAAAAGGCUGAUGGGGAAAAACAGGAACAGAGGCAGACCUCCACUACCCAACCAAAGCCAAACUCGGGUUUUGUUGCCCGCAGUGUUUCAAUUAGCUCCGCCUUCCAAGACAGUUCCACCGUCAUCGCCACCUCUUCUUCAGCCUCUGUGUCCGACGCCAAUGUCAUUCCGGCUGCCAACGCCAAUCUCACCUCCUCUAAAACCGUCGUCUCCGCCUCUGUCUCCGACUCCGUUGUCAUUUUACAUGCCGCCACCACCACCAACUCCAUCAACUUCGUCUCCGCCUCUGUCACCGAGGCCACUGUCAUCCCGCUUGCCAACGCCAACGCCACCACCACCACCGCCACCUCCUCCGCAGCAUUCUUCUCUGCCUUUGUACCGAAUGCCAUCAUCCAUCAUACCGCCACAUCGGCAGUCUUCUUCUCCCCCUCUCUCUCCAAUUCCAUUAUCAUUCCGACUGCCGUUGCCUGCACCCCACUCUCCGUCCGAAUUAUCCCCUUUGGUUUCUGAUCCUGCUCCCCCUACUCUACUGCCUCCGGUUCCCACUCAUCCCCAUUUUCCAGCCAAAGGCGAGGGUCACAAAAUGGCUAUUCCAGUGGAACCAGAAAGUCUCCCAGUUGACAUCCUAAGGGCUUUGGUAGUAAGAUGGCUGCUGCAGCACAAAUACAAAAGGCUUAGGGCUUCUGAUAGAAGCGAUCGGGAGACUGGUCUAGAGCUCAUAAAACAAAUGCCAACUGUGGUGACUACUGGUGCCGGGCCCAAUGGAAAGAGGAUCGAGGGGUUUCUCUAUAAAUUUGGAACAGGGCAAAUCAGUCUCGUGUGUAUUUGCCAUGGCAUGUUCUUCACUCCGGCCGAGUUCGUGAGGCAUGCUGGUGGAGAUGAUGUGGAAAAUCCCAUGAAGCAGAUUAUCGUUUGUCCUGCGUCCUUUUAA